AUGACGAAAAAACUGAAUAAUCUGUUAGGAGAUCAUGGCCAAAGAGAGGAACAACAAGUUCGUAACCUGUCGACCGAGCCAAAAGACGUAGUGCCUGAGAGACGUAGAAAUGAAGAACCGAGGCCGUUAUACAAGGACCUUUUCACCUUGCCAGUGGAAUAUGCCUUGGCACACUGCGUAGCAGAAGACCUGAGAGCGUCGCGAGGUAUAGCCACAGUCUUCAGGAAAAAGUUUGGAGGGACCGAAUAUCUUGAGCGGCAGAGCCCCACCAUUGGCACGACCCUGGCCGUUGCGCUUCACCUGAAGCGCAACGGCCAGCAUUUGUUCUACCUCGUUACGAAGGAAACGUCAAGUAAGAAGCACUCCUACGAAUCGAUGAAGAAAAGCCUGCAAGACCUGCGAGACAAGCUUCUUCGGAUUGGAAUCAAAAAGCUUGCUAUUCCCAGGCUGGGAUGUGGUUAUGACGGACUGGAAUGGAGGAUUGUGAGAAAUAUGGUGCAGGAUCUAUUUAAGGACACUGGCAUCGAAAUUGUGGUCUGCGUAUACAACCCAUGGGGAACCUCUGGUGGACCAGAAGAUCGCAAGCUUCAGGGGAAAUCUGUUCUGGGAUAG